AGAAAUUGGAAUAGCACGACAUGCAAGGUUGUUGAGUAUAUAUAGAUGAAUUUGCUAUUUGUGGUUGCUGCCUUUAACUUCCUCAUCAAACCCGUAUUUUCUGAAGAUGUAGCGUUCAGUUACUCGGGCUCAACCGGCCCUGACCAUUGGGCAAGGUUAAGCCCGAAUUACGCGCUAUGCGCCACCGGUAGAUCUCAGUCCCCGGUUAAUCUUUCUUCUAUACCCAUCCAUUUGAAUCCUAAUUUGAAGGCUUUGGAUAUCCAUUUUACCGAUUCAGUCAAUGCCACAUUGGUUAACACGGGCUACCAUGUCGAGUUACGUUAUAAUGGAGGAGGUGGAGGAGGAUCGUUGGUCCUUCACGGUACCAUUUACACUUUGUCACAAUUGCAUUGGCAUGCCCCUUCUGAACACUUCAGCAACUCGGAAGAGCAUUCUAUUUAUAGGCAAGGCUGGAGACAUAUUCAUUGAUGCCCAUGCUACAACCCAUGCUACAACCCAUGCCUCCUCUCCAUGCCUCUCCAUGCUUCUCUUCAGUGGGCAGGAGAUGGAAGACCAUCCCAUGGUAUGGAGGAUGUAAUGGGCUUGCUGGGAGCUGGAAUUCUACAAAUCUCCCCCUCCAGCUUCUUCUGCGACAUUAUGGACCCGAAAGCAUUCGCCAGACUUUCCAAUAAGCUGGCCAAAGAGAAGAAGAAGAAGGCUGAGGGGCCUUCCAAUCAGAGAGCUGUGGAGGAAUUUCUCCAGAAGCCGGAUGCCAAAAAGAAACCUGAGGGCGAGGGGCCCUCGCAGGAUGCCGGUGCUGGUGUUGUUACUGAAGGCUCCCACGUCCCGGAGCUCAAAAGAAAAAAUACCGGGAAGGGGACCACGCUCCCGGAGAAGAAACAGAGGAGGGGGGAUGCCGAACAGAAGGCUCCCCCAGUAGUGAUCAUCGACGACCAUCCUUCCGACAAGCCCUCGGGCUCCCUGCCCCUGGCGGACUUGGAUGAAGGGGCUUGGCCCCUUGAGAAGGUGCAGUUCCCCAUUAAGAAGGGGACUGCUAUCUUACAUGGCACCCUCGACCCGAGGGAAUUCUUGAGGGGCGCCACUCCCCCCCUGGAUCGGACCACCCUCGGCCGAUUCGGGGACGAAGCCCUCGAGCACAAGGCCCUUCAGGCCUCGGCUACUGCUAGUUUGGCCUUCGGGGAGCUCGUGAGGAGGGCUGAACAGCACCGCCUCGAGAAGGCCCAAUCCGAUGAGGUCACGAGGAAGCUGGUGGCCAAUAAUACUGAGGCCAUUCAGCAGCUGGCCAGUCUGGAGGAAGCCCUUCGGCAAGCCGAACAGAAGCUGGAGGCAGCCAAGGAGGAAGCCCGGGCCGAGGGGAAAGCCGAAGCCGAGAGAUCCGCCGCUGAGGCCGCCAGGAUAGCCGCUGAGAGGGCUGAGGAAGUUAAGGCUGAGGCUGUUGCCAAGGCCAAAGAAGAUGUUGUUGCCCUCUUCCUUGCGGAGGGGUGGAAAUCCGAGGGCCGGGAGCAAUGGAGGGCUUCCGUGGUAGAAACCUCGGUAGAUAGUUGGGUCAAGGGCCCCGGUGCAAUGUGGCUCGCCCUAAAGGGCAAAAGCUUCUACGAAGGCGGGCAGUACUUCACGCAGGCCAUGUUGUACCGGAGGCUUGCCCGCCACCUUGGCGUAGACCCGAAGGAGUUCAAACCAGAAGAUCACGGCCUCCCCCCGCUCCUACCAGAUGUUCGGAUUCCCCUGCCCGAGGGUGAAGAGAGGGAGCUGCUCGAGGACUCGGAGCUGGCCCGAUGCGAUUCUGACGACGAGGCGGCCGAGGAUGAUGCGGCUUCGAAGCCGAAGGAGGAUGCACCGGGAGGAGUCCAAGCUUAGAAAUUUACAAAUAUUAUCCAUGUAAUAGCUCGUAGUUACCGGCUUCGGCCACGCCUUGUAAUGAACACCUUUGUACUUAAAAUUCUUAUGGUGAUUAAUGUUCUGCCUCCGGGCUUUUUCUGAAUGAAUGCCUCCUGUGUUUGAUUCCUGUUUAUGUAUGAAUGCCUUUCUUCACUUGGAUGGAUGCAUUCUCUUCCUUCUCUUGUUUGGCUUUCCGAAGGCCAUCAGUUUGUGGACUUAGGAAAAUUUUCCAAGUAAAACUUGAUAAGAACCCUUCGGAUGUAGAGUAGAAUCACCGGGGGCUUGGAAAGUUCCUUAAGUAAGAUCCCAGCGUAUGCCUUCGGUGGUGAGGUAUUGGAUUUAGCAGUGUAGCUUUAGGUUACUGCCAAGUAGUUCGGGGGGCCACCGGCCGCGACCCUGUAAGUGGAGAGGGCAUCCCCGUUCUCUCCUGAAGGGUCUCCAAUUGUGGACUUAGUCAAAUUUCCACAAUAUUCAAAUAGUAGUUGUAGUGAACCUUCCGGUAUGGGAACUGCUCUGAGCCCCCGGUACAUAUGGUUGCCGAGGGGAGGUUCGAGAUUAUGGACUUAGUGAAAUUCUGAGAUGUGUUUCCCAUCCUUGAAUGAGCCUGGUGACAUCCUGCCUUCGGCCUGAGGCCUCCGAUUUGUGUAGAUAAUAGAUUCGGCUUGCCUUAGAAUUUUGUGUAUCCUUCGGUAUGUAACGUGUCCUCUUUGAUUCGAGCCAAAUUUAGGUGAAGCUUUGAUAGUAAGCCCUCUUCUUAUGCCUUCGGUGGAGUUCUUGUACUCCAAAGUUUUACGCAGUGAAGCCUUCGGCCUCGUGGUCGGAUGACUUGUUGUUUGCCAGAUUUUCUUGUGGAUCUGUAGGAGCCUUCGGGAAUGUAUAUCCGAAGUGUUGAUCCUCCGGGAAGAAUAGUAUCCGGGGAGUUCCUUCCCCCCUACACAUCUUUUUUUUUUUUUUUUUUUUUUUUUUUUUUUUAGAUGGUGUAGGAGAGGCGUCUAGAAACUUGGUUUCUAGGAAAGGCUUGGCCUAUAUGGGAGGCAACGGAAUAAACCGUUGGCUCCCCCUUCGGGAAUGACCUUCCGAUAUCCCGAAGGGUUUGAGGGUCGUUUCCUCGGCCCGAGACAUCGUCUGUUGCCUGCUUCCCCUUGGGGGAUAGCACGGAAAGCGCCUCGGUUUUGAAAGUCGUCCCCUCAGCCCGAGACAUGGUCUGUUGCCUGCUUCCCCUUGGGGGAUAGCGCGGGGAGCGUUUCGUUUGUGGAAGUCGAAUCCUGGGCCCGGGACAUGGUCCGUUGCCUGCCUCCCCUUGGGGGAUGGCGCGGAAAGCGUUCCUGGGAAGGGUUUUAUUUGUGUGUGGAACACAAAUAGCCGGGGGCACUUGGUACCAGCCGG